AUGGCCAAGAAAGCUAUUGAUUCCAGGAUCCCUGCGCUGAUCAGAAAUGGGUCACAGACCAAGCAGAGAUCAUUUUUCGUUAUUGUCGGGGACAGAGCCCGUAAUCAGUUGCCCAAUCUUCACUAUUUGAUGAUGAGUGCGGAUUUGAAGAUGAAUAAAUCGGUUCUUUGGGCUUAUAAGAAGAAGCUACUCGGCUUUACAUCGCACAGAAAGAAGAGAGAGGCCAAGAUCAAGAAAGAAAUUAAAAGAGGAACGAGGGAGGCAAAUGACCAGGACCCAUUUGAGAACUUUAUUUCCAACCAAAACAUCAGAUACGUGUACUACAAGGAGACAGAGAAAAUUCUGGGAAAUACUUUUGGAAUGUGCAUCCUACAAGAUUUCGAGGCUCUGACGCCCAAUCUUUUAGCCAGAACUGUUGAGACCGUAGAAGGUGGCGGUAUCGUGGUGAUUCUUUUGAAGUCUAUGUCCUCUUUGAAGCAGUUGUAUACAAUGACCAUGGAUGUUCACUCUAGAUAUCGCACGGAGGCUCAUUCUGACGUCGUUGCUAGAUUUAAUGAGAGAUUCAUCCUUUCUCUGGGCUCAAACGAAAAUUGUUUGGUUGUCGACGAUGAAUUGAACGUCUUGCCACUUUCUGGUGGUAAAAAUGUCAAACCAUUACCGCCAAACAACGAAGAACAGUUAUCGCCGAAAGAAAGGGAACUGGGAGAUUUAAAGGACUCCUUAGAAGAUGUACAGCCGGCAGGUUCAUUGGUUGGUUUAUCAAAGACAGUUAAUCAAGCACAUGCUGUGCUAUCGUUCAUUGAUGUCAUCUCAGAGAAGAAACUAGAUACAACGGUAGCUUUAACCGCUGGUAGAGGUCGUGGUAAAUCGGCUGCGCUUGGUAUUGCUAUUGCAGCCGCAGUAUCCCAUGGUUACUCAAACAUUUUCGUUACUUCUCCUUCUCCAGAAAAUUUGAAAACUUUAUUUGAGUUUAUCUUCAAGGGAUUCGAUGCUUUGGGUUACCAAGAACACAUCGAUUACGACAUCAUUCAAUCAACAAAUCCAGAUUUCAAUAAGGCCAUUGUUAGGGUAGACAUCAAAAGAGAUCAUAGACAGACAGUGCAGUAUAUAAUACCUCAGGACUCUCAUGUUCUAGGCCAAGCUGAAUUGGUUGUAAUCGAUGAAGCAGCUGCGAUUCCAUUGCAAAUUGUGAAAAAUUUAUUGGGCCCUUAUCUAAUUUUCAUGGCCUCCACUAUCAAUGGUUAUGAGGGUACUGGUAGAUCUCUCUCCUUGAAACUUAUACAGCAGUUACGUACCCAAGCUAAUUCAACGGGCCGCGAAGAUACUCAAACAGCAGUAAUCUCAAGAAACACCAAACAGGAUAAUCAUAUUAAUACGGGGCGUCACUUGAAAGAAGUUGUACUCGACGAGCCAAUCAGAUACAGUCCCGGAGAUCCAGUCGAAAGGUGGCUCAACAAACUGUUAUGUCUUGACGUUACUCUAAUAAAAAAUCCAAGAUUUGCAGCUAGAGGUACCCCACACCCAUCUCAAUGCAAUUUAUUCAUUGUCAACAGAGAUACAUUGUUUUCUUACCAUCCAGUUUCUGAACUGUUUCUGGAGAAAAUGAUGGCUUUAUAUGUGUCAUCACAUUACAAGAACUCACCAAAUGACUUACAGCUUAUGAGUGAUGCACCAGCUCACCAAUUAUUUGUUUUACUACCACCUAUUGAUCCAAAAGAUGGAGGUAGAAUCCCAGAUCCAUUAUGUGUUAUUCAAGUAGCAUUAGAAGGUGAAAUCUCUAAGGAUAGCGUCAGGAACUCUCUAGCUCGUGGUCAUAGAGCCGGGGGUGAUUUAAUCCCAUGGCUGGUCUCUCAGCAAUUUCAAGAUGAAGAGUUUGCAGGAAUGAGUGGAGCCCGUAUUGUAAGAAUCGCUACUAACCCAGAAUAUUCCUCAAUGGGGUAUGGUUCUCGUGCAAUCCAGCUUUUGAGGGAUUAUUUCGAAGGAAAAUUUGCUGAUAUGUCAGAGGAUUCACAACCAAAGGAUUUCACAAUCAAAAGAGUUGAUGAUAAAGCCCUAGAAAAGUCAAACCUUUUGAAAGAUGAAAUUAAAUCAAGAGAUGCAAAGACACUACCGCCAUUGCUAUUAAAACUUUCCGAACAACCACCAUAUUUCCUUCACUACUUAGGUGUUUCAUAUGGGCUGACACAAUCUUUGCUUAAGUUCUGGAGAAACAAUAAUUUCAUUCCUAUUUAUGUGCGCCAAACAGCAAAUGACCUAACUGGUGAGCACAGUUGCGUGAUGUUGAAUGUUUUAGAGGGAAGAGAAUCUUCAUGGCUCGUAGCAUUCGCCAGCGAUUUUCACAGGAGAUUUUUGUCGCUGCUGUCAUAUGAUUUCAAUAAAUUCACCUCAGUUCACUCUCUAAGCGUCAUUGAAAGUAGCAAGAAAGCGGAAGAAAUUACGGGAGAUGAAAUCUCAACCAAGGAGCUAACCAAGGAGCAGCUCGACGAAUUAUUUUCACCUUUUGAUCUGAAGAGAUUGGAUAGCUACUCCAACAACCUAUUGGACUAUCAUGUUAUCGUUGAUAUGCUACCAUCACUAUCCCUACUAUACUUCAGUGGUAAGAUGACUGAUUCAGUAAAAUUAUCCAGUGUUCAAAGCGCUAUUCUGCUGGCUAUUGGUUUGCAACGUAAAAGCAUAGAUCAAAUUACUAAGGAAUUGAAUUUGCCAAGCAAUCAAAUUAUAGCGAUGUUUGCCAAAAUUAUGAGAAAAAUGUCAGUAUAUUUUCGUCAAUUGCAAAGAGAUUCAAUUGAGAAGGAAAUGCCUGCAAUCCAGGAUGUGCAAGUCGACGAAAUGAACGGCGUUGAGAUCAAGAGUUAUGAUGCGGCCAAUACCUUGGACCAAAUGGACAAAGACAUGGAUGACGCAGGUUCUGAAGCCGUGAGAGCGAUGAAAGAAAAACAAAAGGAAAUGAUAAAUUCGUUGAACCUUAACAAAUAUGCUAUUCAAGAAAAUGCUGAGGAAUGGAGCGAAUCGAAGAAAACUUUAGACAAAGCUGCCCAGAAUAACGGUGUAGUGAGUGUCAAAACAGGCAAGAAAAGAACUACUGAACAUGCUCAAGACAUAUACAAGCAAGAGAUGAAAUUAUUCAAGAAGAGCAAAUCUAAAAAGCAUUCAAAAUAG